AUACGAGAUACUCAAGAUGGUUAAGAUUUAGUUAUUGAAUGCACAGCAAAAGAUGUUUCAUUAAUUUCCGAUAUAUACAACAAGAACUUUAAAUUUGAACUUUUAUAAACAUUAUAAUUUAUGAAACCAAGUAAAAAUCUAUAAAUUUGAUGUGAUAUUUUAAAAUAAAUUGAAAUAGAUAACUGGUGAUUGUGGUUAUAACAAUUUAAACGCUUUACAAGAUUUAUGUAGUUUUAAAAGUCUAUACAAUGGCUGGUUCAGAUGAAAGAGAUUAUUUGGAGAUGCCUUUUGGCCCUCCUCCAAUAUUAUCAGAUAUAAAAACUGAAUUAAAAGAGUACAUUGUAUAUCCUGAGAAACUUCCAAUACAUCAACUUGAUAGAGUACAACAAUAUUGGGACAGAAACCCAGAUGUAUUAUUACUUUUGCAUACUGAUUUAGCACCUGCUGGAACAACACUCAAGUAUGAAAGAGAUCCAAUAACUGGUUGUCUUGGUGAACUGCAAGAAGUUGAUAUUGAAAGUGUAGGUCAGAAUGUAAGAAAUUCAAUGUCCAUGUCCCGAGCACCAGGACCUGCUAUAGAAGGUGUUAAAGGGAAUGUAAGUAAUUUUUUAUUUUGGCCGGGUGGCUUUGAUGAACCAAAAAGCAGUGAUUCACCUGAGCAGAUCGAGAUAGAUUUUGAAAAUAAUUUGAAAACUUUGGCCAAAGGUUUUAAGUCUGGCAUUGAAUUUAUGGCUGAUAAUUGCACUCCAAAAGGUUUAAGUUCAGCAAGCGAAAAAUCAAAAGUGGAUUCAAUAUGUACAGAAAAUAGCGAUGAUCUUUUGUCUGUCAUAGACAAAGAAGGGCAUUCUGUAGCUUUUUGGCCUAGAAGCACUGAAAAUGAAGAAAAAGAAAAUAAUAAUCACAAAAAUAAUGAAAAUAUCACUUUACCUAACAUUGAUGACGUUAUUGAACCCUUCAAAGAGAGAAAAAUUCCAGUACUUAAAAUAUCAGAAUCAGUCCCUAAAACUAAUUUGAAAACAAAAUGGGCUGAACAAAUAGAUAUUAAUGUUCCAGUCACAGAUUUUGACAAAAAAAUUGUUGAACCUGCUAUGGCAUUUCCCUAUGAACUUGAUAAUUUUCAAAAGCAAGCUAUCCUUAAAUUAGAAGAACAAUGCGAUGUAUUUGUAGCAGCUCAUACUUCUGCAGGCAAAACAACAAUUGCUGAAUAUGCAAUUGCUAUAAGUCAAAAACAUAUGACAAGGACCAUUUACACAUCCCCUAUAAAAGCUCUUUCUAAUCAAAAGUUUAGAGAAUUCAAAGAAAAGUUUGAUAACGUUGGUCUCAUAACAGGAGACUUACAAAUAAAUGCAAAUGGAACAUGUCUCAUAAUGACAACAGAAAUUUUAAAAUCAAUGCUGUAUUGUGCAGCUGAAGUUAUAAGGGAUGUUGAAUAUGUUGUAUUUGAUGAAGUUCAUUACAUAAAUAAUGAAGAUCGUGGCCAUGUUUGGGAAGAAGUAAUUAUUCUUUUACCUCCUACAGUACGUAUUGUAAUGCUUUCAGCAACAGUUCCCAAUCCUCUUGAAUUUGCUCAUUGGGUUGGUCAAAUUAAGAAAAGAAAAAUGUAUGUAAUAAGUACAAUAAAAAGGCCUGUACCUUUGCAACAUUAUUUAUAUACAGGCUAUGAUAAAAAAAGUAAAGACCAGAUAUUUCUAUUGAUUGAUAAAGAUGGUGGAUUUAAAAGAAAUAGUAUAAAGCAAGCAAAAGCAGCAAAAGAAGAGGGAUUAGCAAAGCAAGCAAAAUUACAGCAAACAAAAUACCAAUAUGCUAAACAAAAGCCAGCACUAGUUAUGAAACCAGUUACAGCUGUGCUAAAGAAUGCAAGUGUUGAAGAGACAGUAAGUACAGUUGCUGCAUUGGAAGAAGAAGAAGAGAAACUCGAGGAUAAAAUAAGAGCUAACGUCAUAACAACUAAAGAAAAAAGAAUUUACAAUGCAUUGCUUGAGUAUCUUCAGUCCAACGGUUUGCUGCCAGUUGUAGUUUUUACGUUAUCUAGAAAUAGAUGUGAUAAGACUGCAGAAUCUUUUACAGAAAGCUUACUUACUCAUCAAGAUCAAAUGUAUGUCAAAGAAUUUUUCAAAAAAUCAGUUAGGCAUUUAAAAGGUACAGACGUAGAGUUGCCACAAGUUUUAAGGAUGCAAAGAUUAUUAACAUUAGGUAUUGGUAUCCACCAUAGUGGUAUUUUACCUAUUUUAAAAGAAAUUGUAGAAAUGCUUUUUCAAAAGGGAAUUGUUAAGGUACUUUUUGCAACAGAAACAUUUGCAAUGGGUGUCAAUAUGCCAGCAAAAACUGUUGUAUUUGACUCUAUUGAGAAAUAUGACGGCAGUUCUUUCCGAAAUUUGUUACCUACUGAAUAUAUCCAAAUGGCUGGACGCGCAGGGCGUCGAGGACAUGAUGAUACUGGUACUGUGAUAAUUUUAUGUAAAAAGAAAACUAUUCCAGAUGAAAAGGAUCUAAAAGAAAUGUGCCUAGGCGCACCACAAAAUUUAGUUUCAAAAUUCAAAGUUACUUAUUCUAUGGUGCUCCAUUUGAAAAGAUUAAAUGAAGCUAUUCCUAUUGGCGAAAUGAUGCGAAGAUCAUUCAGAGAAGUGAAGACAUUAACCAAUUUAGAAAAAAAUAGAAUUGAAUUAGAUAAGAUUUUGAAUCUUAUUGCGGAAACGCCACCGUUAGGAGAGCAUCAAAAAGAUUUUGAAUUAUUCUAUUCUUAUGCAAAAUAUUAUUUAGAUUUAUGGAAAGAUCUGAGACCUUACAUGUUAGAAUUAAAAAAAGCUAUUAAAGCCAUGAUUGAAGGCAGAAUAUUAUUGGUUUCUUAUAAACAUCAUAUAAAUAAAUUAGGCAUUUUCUUAGGCUUGCAAAAGAAAACUCACGGAGUAUUGUACAAGGUAUUUCUAUUGACAAGUCUUGCAGAAGAAGAAGCAGCUACAUCAGAUAAUAAAUCUGACUUGUGGUAUGAUAUGAUAAGUUUAAUAAAAACUCAAUUUUAUAAACCAAAAGACAAUCCAACCCAUGAAAUAGUAUUUGUGCCAGCCACAGCUAUAAUAGAAGUGACAAAUGUUAUUGCUAAUGUUAACACUAGGAAUAUUUUUGCUGACUGGGAAAAGAGGCAGAUACCCAGAUUUAAGGAUGCUACUCCAGGUCCUUCUUGUCAAUCAGCUGUGGAAGAACUGAUCAAAAUAACUACAGAAACCUUUUCAAAUCCAUCUUUUUUAUUUCCAUUUGUAGAACUGAAAUUAAAUUGCUUUGAAUUACAAACAAAAGAUUUGACGUUACACGAGGUAGCAAAAAAUUUGGAAGAAAUUAAAAAUCGAAUAGUGAUGGAUUCCAAUUUUGAAGAGGAAUUCGAACAAGUAUUUAAGCACAAAGAACUUGAACAAAAACAACAAGAUUUAUUUAAAACAUUGAGUGAUGAGUAUUUAAGUAAUUAUCCAGAGUAUGAAGCAAGAGUUAAAGUUUUGAGAGAAUUGAAGUAUAUCGAUAGUGAAGAUCGAGUUACACUAAAAGGACGAGUAGCCCUUGAAAUGGGAACUUAUGAAAUAUUGUUAACAGAGUUAGUUCUUGACAAUAUUUUAACAAACUAUCAUCCUGAAGAAAUUGCUGCUAUACUUUCAUCUUUAGUUUUUCAACAUCGAAGCAAUGACGAGGAAAAUGAGUACAAAGAACUUCCUCGAUUAAACGAAUUGCAAAAUAAAAUGACAAAAGUUUAUAAAAGAUUAGUUAAAAUAGAAACAGAACAUGGUUUAGAACCUAUAGCGCAGCCAGAUUUUCAUUUGAUAAGAGUUGUCUACGAGUGGGCUCGCGCAAAAUCUUUUGCUAAAAUUAUGAAACUCACUGACAUUCAAGAGGGCAUCAUUGUCAGAUGUAUUCAACAGCUGAAUGAAACAUUGCAAGAUGUCAAAAAUGCAGCUAUCAUUAUUGGCCAUCCUGCAUUGAAAGAAAAAAUGGAAGAAGCAUCUACAAAGAUCAAAAGAGAUAUUGUAUUUACAGCUUCACUGUACAUACAAGAUUAAUUUUUUCUACAUUAAAAAAAUUAAUAAAAAGUAAAACAGAUCAUCUAAAAUGUUUAUACAAACUUAUAUAUUUAAUCAAAUAAGUAUACAAUGUAGGAAUUUACAAAAAACUC